AAAUAAAAAAAUAAUUAUGGAGUGCCACUGCACCAAAUAAAACAAACAAGUUUCGACAGAGACGAGAGAGAGGGUCCCUUUGCGAAAAUGGCGAUGGAAAAGGAGAGAGAACAACUGGUUUACUUGGCCAGGCUCGCAGAGCAAGCCGAGAGAUACGAUGAGAUGGUUGAAGCAAUGAAGAAAGUUGCUAAAUUGGAUGUUCAGCUGACUGUGGAGGAGAGGAAUCUGGUUUCGGUUGGGUAUAAGAAUGUCAUUGGAGUGAGAAGGGCAUCAUGGCGAAUAUUGUCUUCCAUUGAACAGAAGGAAGAGGGCAAGGGGCAUGAGCAAAAUGUGAAGACGAUAAAGGAUUACCGACAGAGGGUCGAAGAUGAACUCGCAAAGAUAUGCAAAGACAUAUUGUCUGUCAUUGAUGAUCACCUUCUCCCAUCGUCCUCAAGUGGAGAAUCAACCGUUUUCUACUACAAGAUGAAGGGAGAUUACUAUCGUUAUUUAGCUGAGUUCAAAUCCGGAAAUGAUCGUAAAAAGGCGUCAGAUCAGUCACUUGAGGGAUACGAGGCUGCCACUAGUAUUGCUUCAACAGAUCUGCCUCCUACUCAUCCAAUCAGACUUGGCCUGACUCUGAACUAUUCUGUUUUUUACUAUGAGAUUUUGAACUCCCCUGAGAGGGCUUGCCACCUGGCUAAACAAGCAUUUGAUGAGGCCAUUGCAGAACUUGAUAGCCUCAAUGAAGAAUCGUACAAGGAUAGCACUCUUAUUAUGCAGCUUCUUAGAGAUAAUCUCACAUUAUGGACCUCAGAUCUGCCAGAAGAGGGAGUGGCAGGUGACCAAUCUAAAGGUGAAGAAGCUGCAGCAGAGAGCUAGUGGGAUAGAAGACCAAAGUGUUGUUUAGGUGGUGGGCUGACCCAGAAGAAGGGUUUCAAGAGUGGGAAAUUCUUGUAUCUGAUGGGUCACAUAGUAUCUUUUAAAGACCUUCGCUGUCACAAAUUUAUAUAUCCUAUUGUGGUUUUGAACAAGUGUUAUUACCUUGUUUGGUUCAACCUCUUUUUAAGUUUGCUUUGUUAAGAUGUGCUUGUUUUUCUAAUUUUUUGUUCCAGUGUUGUUGUAGGAAUGUUUCCACAAAUGUGUUUGUUUGCCCUCUUUCCUUCUCUUGUC